AUGCUGAAAUUUGUGUGCUUUUGCUCCGUACUCGCCUUGGCUGCCGCCAAGCCCAGCGUGGUAGCCCCAUUAGCAUACAGUGCGGUGCCCAUCGUAAGCUACAGCUCCGUGCCAGCUGUAAGCUCGGUUUCUGAAUACAGCAACAGCGUCGUCCAUGGCUCCCAAGUUGUACCUGCUGUCUACGGCGCUACUUACUCACCAGUUGUACCUGCCAUCUAUCCCAGCGUAGCCUUCUCCCAAGCACCUAACUCCCCUGCUGUGGUCCUCGACGGUGUCAACGGUGUGCCUUUGGAUACUCCUGAGGUUGUAGCUGCUCGUGUUGCUCACUACCAAGCUAAGGCACUUUCAGGUGUUCACCAUCUUGCUAAGCGCUCAGUCACACCUGUAACUUACAGCUCGGUGUUUAAUCCUGUCUCUCCCUUCUCACCUGUGGUCCGCAACCUUGCAUCUCCAUUUGUCUACCAAGCUCCUUACGUUACAGCUUUCAAUGCUCCAUUGGAAUCUACCUACGGUUACUCUGCCGAAGUUCCCAAGACCUACACUGUACACUCAUGG